AAAAAAAUGUCUUGUUAUAAUUUUAGAUUUAGAUUAAUAAUGCUAUUUUACAUAAUUUUUUGUUGGAAAAGUUGUAUCUACUGGUGUGAACAAAAUUAAUCCAGGUACUGAUUUUUUCAAUUUAUUAAAUUUUAUCGAAAGAACCUUAAAAAACUACAAAAUAAUACUAAAGUUUUCCAUUUUAGUGUAAUUCGAGUUUUGCUAAGAAUUGGCAUAUAUUAUAUAUAAUAUAUAUAUAAUAAUUUUUGGUUUAUUGAUUUCAGUAUUUUAAGUAUAAAUAUAGUAAUACAAAAUUGCCCCUAUUAUUUUUUCUUGUUAGUUAAUCUUCUAUAUCUACAACAUUCAAUCAGCUGAUAAUUGGUGAUGGCCAUAAGUGUAACAGACAUUAUCGGCAUGGUACUUAUAGAUCAUAUAAGCAUAUAUUUUAACUGAAGUUUUUGUUUCAACAACCGUUUCAGAUGGGAAAAUGGGUGACAAUAGAAUGGUUCGACAAACUGACAGUUACUACCAUUGUCCUAACGGGUGUGGACGUAAGUAUAAGUAUAGCCAAGGGUUGUAUACUCACCGCAAAUAUGAGUGUGGAGUAAUUCCGAUGUUCCAGUGCACUACUUGUAGAAAAUCUUUUAAACAACCAAUUAGUUACAAGCUUCACAUGAAAAACAUGCAUAAUAUAUUGUUAUCUCUGAAUAUUCCUGAAUGAUGUAUGUGUUUCAUUAAGUUAAGUAAAAUGUAUACAUUAUGAACUUUAUAAUUUUAUUUAACUUGAAAUAAAUUUUAAUCUAUACACAACCAUAGGUAUAAUUUAUAAUGAUAAAAAGUGAUGGUAUGUGACUUCCUGACUUCCAUGAUAAUUAUAAUUUGUGGAGAAAACCAAUCAAUUAAUAACAAUAAUUGUAUGAACAUACAAAAACAUAAAAUCUGUACACUAAUUGCCCAAGUGAAUUAUUGUGAUUUUGAAAAAAUACUUUUAUAUAACAUUGUUUGAAUUAUUUAAUUAUAGUUUUGUGAAAAACCUAAUUUCAUUUUAACAUUUUUUAUGUUCAUGAUAUCAUAUGGUUUUAUAUUUUUGGAAAUGAAAACCUGUAUGACGUUAAAUACUUAAUGUUUCAUAUUCUGAAGUAAAAUAAUAGUUUUAAAAAUGUUGAUAUAUUAUAUUUUACAAAAAUCAUGUUCUUAAUUAGAAUAUUAAGUUUAGCUAAGUGCUGUGACUACAAAUAUGUGUAUUCCUUCCACUUCACUCCUCUUAUCUAAACUUUAAAUUUUGAUAGAUAAAAAAACUAUACAUUUAAUACCUGUACAUUAACAUUUUUACAAAAGUAUUUGCAUGUACUGAAUAUAAAAUUAAAGAUUCCAUUUAACAUACUAAAAAACCAAAAUCAAAUGAUUAGGUAUGUAAAAAAAUAUCUAAAUUAUUGCAAUUUUUCCUAUACAGUGUUCAAGCCACUUACAAAAAUUAAAAAAAGAAAAUUGAUUGCGAAAAUCAUUAUUAUAAGAUAAUGAAUUAUUUUAUUAUGUAAAAAAAUUGUUUUGCUGUUAUAUAUACAUUUAUUAUUGUAAUGAAGAAACUGUUUACUAAAUUUGUUUGUAUUAAUUAUACUCUAUGUUUAAGUGAACAAAUAACUAUCAGAAGUUUUGGUCAAAUUAUUUUAUUAUAUCAGGUGUGUUACGUAUUUUUAAAAUUGGUGUCAGCUAACCGGCUUGUCAGCUUAAGAAGUUCACUAAUAAAUAAUGAAUCUGUUGCUAAAUUCACUGUGUAUUUAUUUGUCUAAAACUUAUUUUUC